GGAUGCUUUAAUCUCUUUGCUUCUUUAUGGCAUAUCACUUACCACUUCCAUGUCCGGAUGAGCCGCAAAUAAUUUGUUUUACACAUUGAUAAACUUCCCGUCACCCUGCUCCAAGUUUGCUCACCCUGAUGCCUCUUUUCUAUCUUGUUUUACAGAUACUCAAGGCAUAAACAAUGGACUUCCACAGCCAGCUUCCCGGCCGGGACCCACGUCCAACCCUUCAAGUCAUCACCACGUAUCCUCCCCAGUCCCAAACAUCAAACUACUCCUACCCCUUCUCAGGAACAUCUCCGGGCCGCGAGUCUGUUGUGUCCGAUAUCUCAUCUGUACCGAGCAUGGUCGAAGACCAAGGCUCUGACAUCUCUGCCGAGGAAGAAUACCAGUAUGACCACACCUCCAGGACCAGGGGGUCAUGGAACUGUUUUUGGAACAACACUCGAGCACACGCAAAGGAUCUCCAGACGACAGACACUUUAGCACGGCCCAUCAGCCACCAUGCUGGCAGAUGCACAACCCCCAGCACACCGGAAAGGAAGAGGAGCAGCAGGCCAAGUGUGACAUCGUCACGGCCGGAUAGCGGCUUCGCCCAGGGGAAUAACCAAUGGCCUCUGACUCCUCCAUAUACCAGUCACAGUCACCAGGCGCCUCGGACAUUCAACAAGCCCCUUCCCUCACCAACUUACUCACUCUUCCCGCCAACGCCGUCAUCUGCCGGUAGCAACUCUUUUUCGGUGCCGUCACCAGGGAGACCAUUUUCCCCCCGGCCAUGGACCUCGGACACCUUGCGGCUGGAGCAAAUCCCACCACCACAACCCCCAGUAGUGAUGCGCAGGAAGUCGGGCUUCGGUAGGAAAAGGAAACUGGGGGGCGAGCCGCUGGCUGUGACCGUCAGUCCACAUAGCACCAAGUCGCCAACGACCUCUACAUCAGCAAGCCUGGUCUUCCGGGCAAGGCCAUCCAUCAUCCCUGUCCCCUCUUCCACAAGCAACUUCUCGCAGCAGUCGGCUCCUACAACCUACCAGACAGAGCCGUCAUCUCUCUACCUUCAACCUCCCUACCUUACCCCAAUCGAUUUCCGCCGCCCAUCCCCCACCAAUCUGCAUCGCAAUUCCUGCAGUGGUGCCUAUCCCAGACCUCUGAGCAGCAGGGACCAGCACCAACAACAAAUUAGGACACAUCAACAACAAGAGAUAAGAGAGCGACCUCUGCCCUCCCUCCCCCUUCCCGUCCAACCACAACAGCGACCACAACGACCUCCUCGAUCAUCGCCUCCUGUUUCACCAGUAGUUGUAGUUUUCCCAGCCCCUCCAACAUCACCUCCAACAUCACCACUGCCACCACUGCCACCUCUGCAACCACCACCACCACCACCACCGUCGUCGCCGCCACCUCCUCCUCCUCCUCCUGCUGCUGCUGCUGCUGCUGUUGCUGUUCCUCUUCCACCCGUCGUCUCAGUUUUCGAAACCGACUCGGACGAUGAAGAGUCCAACCCAGACUCUGGAUCAGACGAGCACAACCAUUUCGGUGCUGCUGGAGGGGCCGUGGAAAGCUUUGCAAGGCGGCUCAUGAGGAGUUUAUUCGGAGCCCAAGGGCACCACUCCCGUCACGACACAGAUCGUCCGACCCAAAAAAGCCAUCAUCAUCAUCAUCAUCAGCGGAGUACUAGUGAUUAUACUCGUAGUGCGGCAACUACAACCACAACAACACUGUUUCACAAGGCCAUUCACCUGAGGCGACCACGGUCUGAUGGGGGCCGCAGCCAGAGUCCACAGCUCGGGGCGGUGAUGGAGGAGGCUGAACACGGAUAUGGGAAGGGUUGUAGCAAUGCCGGUGAGUGCGAGACUGGGAGUAGCACGAAGCAAAAUGUUUUGGGAAGGCGCGGGAGGUUGUGGAGGAGGAUUGGUAGUCGAUCAUGACUUUGGUGUUAGAUACAAGUGACUGUCGUGGUCAGUUGGUGGCAUGUCAUGUGGGGAGGUCCUGAAAAGACGGCGGGAGGUUUCACGGUUCUUGUUGAUAUACAUUUUGGGAGUUUAUAUGGUUUGGACAUAUUGAUGGAUGGAGUUGGCGAGAUGGGUAGGGUGUAUACAGGACACUGCAGGGGAUUGGGUUUACAUACAUAGGUAGGCACUUGCCUACAACACAUACAUAAUUCGCCCAUUGCCACUUGGGCGACGUCGAUUCUACAUAAGAUCACCUCUAUCUAUACA